CCAACCGAGCUCACACCAAAAAUUAAUCUAAGAGCUAGCAAUAUCUUUUCUCCCUCUCUGUCUCUUAUAUACAAAUACCAAAGAUACCAAGAUACAAAAAUAUUACACAAAAAAAAUGGGAUAUCUGAUUGAUUUUGUUGCCACGGUGACUUUCACUAUUAUGAUGUCAAAGAUUAUGAAAAUAUUUGUAACUGUCUUUUGGAGGCCAUAUGCACUAACUAGGCAUUUUCGAAAGCAAGGAGUGAUGGGGCCACGUUACUCACUUCUUUCUGGUUCUCUUCAUGAUAUCAAACCAAUGAUGAUUGAUGCAAGGAAAAGUGUCCUGGAUAAACAUUCACAUGAUAUUACUCAAAGGGUUCUUCCUCACUACCAAAUAUGGUCCUCCUUAUAUGGGGAGAGAUUUCUAUUUUGGUACGGUACAGAACCAAUGAUUUGCAUCUCUGAUGUAGAACUGGUGAAGGAGAUUUUAUCAAAUAAAUUUGGUUUCUAUCCAAAACGCAAAGUAAGGCCUUCUACGGUAACACUGGUAGGAGAAGGGAUAGCUCUUUUGGAUGGAGUGAAGUGGGUUAGUCGCAGAAGAAUACUCAAUCCUGCUUUCUCCAUGGAUAAACUCAAGGUUAUGAUAAGUAGAAUGGCAGCAUGUACCAUUUCCAUGGUAGAUGAGUGGAAAAGGAAAGCCAUUGAAGCAAAAGACAAAUCAAAGAUAAUAGAGAUGAGUGAAGAAUUUAAAGAGCUAACAGCAAAUAUAAUCGCCCACACUUCCUUUGGUACUAGCUUUGCUCAUGGAAGAGAAGCCUUUAAAGCACAAACAGAGCUUCUACUGCUUUGUGCAGCUUCAAGUUCUGACAUUUUCAUACCUGGCACACAAUAUUUACCUACUAAGUCAAACAUUGAGAUAUGGAAGCUUGAUAGAAAAAUGAAGAAAUCACUACAAUGCAUUAUUGAAAGUAGGUUGAAGUCUCAAUCAGAUUGUUCUUAUGGAGAUGAUUUACUAGGAGUAAUGAUGGAUACAAAGAAUGAUGGUGCUAAUAAGUUGAAAAUGAAUGAAAUCAUGGAAGAAUGCAAGACCUUUUUCUUUGCCGGUCAUGAAACCACUUCAAACUGGCUUGUUUGGACUGUCUUUUUAUUGAGUUUGCAUAAGGAUUGGCAAGAAAAACUUAGACAAGAGAUCAUGGAGAUUUGUGGCAUGGAAAUUCCUGAUGCAGAUAUGCUAUCAAAGUUAAAAAUGGUGAACAUGGUGUUGCUGGAAGCAUUAAGGUUGUAUUGUCCUGCAAUAGAAUUAGAAAGAAUGGCUUCAAAAGACAUGAAAUUAGGAGAUUUGAUGAUACCAAAAGGAACAUGUAUAAAAAUUCCAAUUACAAUGAUUCACAGAAGUAAAAAAUACUGGGGUGAAGAUGCAAAUGAGUUCAAUCCAAUGAGAUUCAUAAAUGGAGUAUCUAAGGCUGCAAAUCAUCCAAAUGCUCUACUUGCAUUUUCUGUAGGUCCAAGAAAUUGCAUUGGUCAGAAUUUUGCUAUGUUGGAAGCUAAAACAGUGAUGACUUUAAUUCUUCAAAGGUUUUCUUUGUCUCUUUCCCCAGACUAUCAACAUGCACCUGUUAACAACCUCACUUUGCAGCCACAACAUGGUCUCCCCAUUAUUAUAAAAUCAUUGGAGCUGUAAUUCUUAAUGUAAUUUUAUCAUUUCAUAUCUAGCUAGCUACUUCCUAUACUUUCUAAAUUGGCUACCUAGUGUCCUCCGUCUAUUGACACUAGUUAUCAUCUUAAAAAAUAUUCCAACUUAGAAUUAUUAUUUUAUAUCAAGUGAUCAUUGGAUAUAUGUGAUUCUAAUAGAGAUUUUAUUUUUCCACCCUACUCAUUUUUUCGUGCACCCUACAAAUUUA